AUGAAGUUCAAAAUCUUCAAGGAAAUCAUUUUUACUAUCAUCGAUACAGAAAUAAACUGUUCAUGUGAUGAAUGUGAAAAACGGAAAUUGUCUAACGGGAUAACAUUCUUUAUUUUAAAGCAUAAACUAUGGGUUGAAACUAUAUCCAAUGCUGAAUUAUAUAAAAGGCUAAAGAUGCUUAAUCCACAAUUUGAAUUUCAAUCGGAUACACUUCGACAAACAAUUUAUGAUUGUAUUACAUUUGGAGAAGUGCUAAUUAAUGAGGUUCAACCAUCUGUUGUUGUUACUGACGCUGCUGUUGGUGGUGAUAGUGAGGAUAUGCGCAGUGUUUGCUUUCAAUAUCAUCUUGGAGAAUCUAUUCUAAAUUGGCGGAUAAAUGCUGUUGUGCCUAGUUCAUCAUCUGUGUUAUAUUGUCACAUUAUCCUGCCACUUUCAUUGGCAUUUGAAUUACUGAAUAAAAAACAAGCUAAAUUAAAUAAUAAACUGGCAAUACUUGAACGACAUACAAAUCGACUCCAUGAAAAAUUAAUGCUACCAAUAUCUACUAUUGAUAAUACAGAGGAAGAAAAUACAGAUAAGGAUUUAGACAUCACACAUAAUUUUUCCAACAGUUUGUUAUCAUCGCCAGUUACACAGAAUCUUUUCUGUGAAGCAUCCAGACAGUUAUUUACGCUUAAAAAAACUUCAGAGAAUACUCCAACUUCUUCGACACAAACAUCAUCGACGUGUAGUGGUAGUAGUAAAGUGAUAACAAAAGAUUCAAUGACAGCGGACGAUUCGGAAGGUGAAGAGGAGAAACGCAGAAGUAAACUUUAUAAAAAGUUAGCAAGUCAAACGAAUAAAUAUAAAAGCAAAGAAGUGGUGAAAAGACCUGGAAUACUUCGUAAAUAA